CAUUCACAGGUUUUGUGAGUAACCAAUAAAGGCGCACUUUGCAACUAAAACCAUAUGGUUGGGGCUUUCCCGGUAUUUAAAUUGGGAGCAUUGGCUAUAAAACAAAUAGGAAAGCCCCUGGCCAACUACCUGAAGCGCAAGGCCAAAACAAAUUCAUUUUUCAGGAACUAUGUGUGCCUGCCUCCAGCACAAUUAUAUCAUUUGUGGGAAACCCGACUAAAAUUAAAAUUAUUGGGUCUGGAAUUACCAAAGGGGGUUAACAAGUUGAGUGAAGAUGCUGCCGUUGACCUUGGGUCAGAAGUGCUCGGGGAAAUUAUCAUUUUUGUGGUUGGGGCCACUUGCCUUCUGCUUGAAUAUCGCCGGCAAGUAAGGAAAGAACAUAAUAAGGAUGAUUGCAUACAACAAACACUGGAUCAGCUAACUAGUCGGGUUAAUGAGCUCAUGACGGUAGUUGAGAUUCAGGACGCCAAGGUCAGGGAGCUUGCAAAAGCGAUAGCCAUUUCUAGUCCCAAACAUGACCAUUAAGAUAUGCAAAAUACUUAAAUGUAUGCCUUAGAAGUUUUUUUUUCAAAUAUAAAUUUGACAUUUAUGUUUCUUGCUUUUUGACUUAUUGCGUUGAAAUUGAUUCACAGCGAACGGUUUCAAAAUUCAUAUUGGGUGUUGAUUUCGGAAGCACUCAUGCAUGCGCCAGGGUCUACACUAUGGAUCUUAAGGUCAUUGGAUGUAGCAGCACCAAAGUACCUCGGCUUGAAGGGUCUGAUGGUGCUUGCGAAUUGGAUCCAGAAGCUGUAUGGGAAUCCUUUUGCAAGCUGCUAGAUGAAGUAUUACAAGAUGCAGAAAUUCACCCUGAUCGGAUCAAUUGUAUAGGUAUUUCGGUUCAGCGAAAUAGCCUAUUGUUGUGGGAUAAGAAGACAUCAAAUCCUCGAACUCGUGUUAUCACGUGGCUAGAUACACGUUCUUUGGAUCUCGCCAAAAAGUUAAAUCAGUCUUUUAUCUUUCGUAGUAUGAAAACUGCUGGCCAUAUGUUAUAUUGGAUGACACAUCAAUCAAGGUUUAAAGCGUUGGCGUCGUACCACUUCAAGACAGUAUUAGCAUGUAUACGUCUCAAAUAUUUAUUAAAUGAGAAACCAAAGCUUAUUGAUGAGUGUCGUAAGGGGUUACUUUGCUAUGGUUGUUUGGAGACAUGGUUGCUAUGGCGGCUUACAGGUGGCAAAACAUUUGCUACGGAUGUUAGCUGUGCAAGUGUUACUGGCAUGUAUGAUUCCUUUUCUCGUAAAUGGAGCCGUCCGAUUUUGGCUAGUUUAGGAAUACCUGCCAAUAUUCUUCCUGGUGUGUAUCCUUCCAGUUAUUAUUAUGGCACCAUUCAAAAUGGUCCACUGGGGUAUUCAUCAAAUCCUUCUUUGUCUAUUCCGAUCACUGGUAUCAUUGGUGAUGCUCAAGCUGCCACCUUAACAGAAAAUUGUUUAUCUCCUUGUCAAGCUAAACUUACAUUAGGCACUGGGAUAUUUUUAAAUUUACUUUCUGGUUCUAAAGCUCUAGCCGUGAUGAAUGGCUUUUAUCCUGUUAUUGGAUGGGCAUCUGGUCACCCGUAUUUUGACUGUAUUUCGACUUUUUAUAUGGGUUCUACUAGCAGUUCUUCGGAAUCUCCAUCAUCUGUACCAUCUACAUCUAGGUCUUUUCAUCUGGGUGAUCUUACUUAUCUAGUUGAAGGUUUCUAUCCACAUGCUGGUACACUUAUUGAUUGGUUGCAGUCAGAAAAUAUUUUCUGUACGUAUUCUGAGUUGGAAGAAAUGCUUUAUAGUGGUGAUCGACUUGGUUUGGAUGAAAAAGCUACUCGUGAAAAUAUCUUCUAUAUCCCAUUGCUAAGGAAUACACUUAAACAUCAUCAAAACACGCUAAUAGGCGGACCAUUAAAAUUAAACAAAAAUUCAUUUUACGGACCUGAUGGAUUUGUAAUCGGAUUGGAUUAUUCAAAGUCUGCUGACAAACUACUUGUUGCACGUAUUUUUAUUGAGUCAAUUGCAUUUUGUACAAAAUUCAUGUUAGAAAAUUGUCGUAAACAAACACGCAUUUCUCCUUCUAUUCUUUAUGUUAAUGGAAAUGUGGCACGUUCAAAUUGGUUGCUACAGCGUAUAUCUAAUGUAAUCGGAAUCCCAGUGGAACGCAGAGGUCUUGAAGAAUGUAGUUGUAUGGGUGCAGCAAUUGUUGCUGGUGUCGGUGCAGGUUUAUGGCCAAGUUUCUCCGCAGCAACUGAAGCUGUACACAAACGACUUCAGUCAGAAGCAAAUAGUCUUCCGUCUGUUGAUAUUAAUAAUACUGAUCUUAAUAAUAAUAAAAAAUUAAAUUCACAUAAACUAUACAGGCGGUUUAUGCCUGAAUCGUCAGAAAUAUGCAUAUCUAUAAAAAAACGUUAUCAUAUUUGGUCGCACAUACGUGCUUCAUAUUUGCGAAGAAAAUAGAUUGGCUUAAAACUUGUAUAAAAUAACAAAGGCAUAAUCUAUUACGUUUUAUUGUUAAUUCAUUCUCUUUUUUCUUUUGUUAUUUAGUUACCUGCAGAUGGGUGUUCGUCCGUUUGUUCAUUAUUAUAUAUUUGUAUUACUUGUAUCUAUAUUUUCCUCUUUAAUAUUUUUUUUGUUUGUACUUAUGUUCAUUAUUUUAUCGGAUUAUUAUUUAUCCGUUCUAUUGUUUGUCUGUUUUUUUUAUUGUGCGGUUUACAUUUUAUAUAGAGAUAAAUUUGAUUCUAAACAAAAUAAAUGUUUUUCGUUUCAGUUCAACAUUUUCGUCAAUUUUCCAUCAAAUAUUAUACAUUUCUGUGAUCAGUCAACACUAGAGGAGAUAUAGUUAGAUAAGAAAGUAUUGUAGUGAACGAGAACACCAGUGGAGACAACCAAAUACAUGUGAAUAUAAAAUUACAAAAUCUCUUAGUAAAAUUCGAGAAUCAUACAGCAAAUACUCCACUUGCAAAAUGUCUAUCAAUUGUCUCAGACUUGAUUGUUUCUUCGUUUUCACACCAAUUACUCUCUGUUCUCGUUCUCUUUUCUUCGAUCUUCUUGACCCUCUGCCGUCAUGCAUUUCACUUUUGAUUGGUGACACGUACUACUUAUAUCUGUCGACAUCAGUAACACACACCACGCUAUCAUUUAUCAAUUCAUAGGUAGUAAGUUAAACAAUAUCUUAUGAACAAGUUGGUAAGUAAUUCACUAAGUAAUAGUAAUAAUUCUUAUUCACCUAUUUGAACACAUAAAUAUUGGUACUAGGGGCACCGAAUACAUUUGCGACACACAAGUCAGUUGAUUUGUGUGUGGAUUGUGAUACUGCCCAGACAGAAGAAGGUGGUUUUCUUAGUAGGUUACACCCGGAGCCUUUGAUCUGGAGGUCUAAUCCACAAGGCAGUGGAGUAACGUAAAAAGAUGCAGUCAUAUGGUAGCCGGUGACUAACAUUUUUCACAAAAACCAUUAUGAAUAGUUUGUUUUAUUUUAGCUUUUUUUAUGUCCCCUAUAUGGUUUAACUGAAUGUAAUUUGAAAUGUCAUUUUUUUAUUCCAUAAUUACAUGUGUCUAUAUUUGAACGAUGUAUAACAGCAAUUUAUGAUAGAAAUUUAGUUCAGUGCUUUUUUGGUUAACUUACUGUAUACUAUUUUUGUUUAUUAAGUGUUUUACAAUAAAGCACAUCUGGUGUGCUCUUUCUUGCUUGUUUAUGAAUGACAUCUUUAGAAUUGUUCACCUAUUUUGUUUUGUUUACAUGUUUAUUGUUAGCUUUUAGUUACAUCAUUUUAAUGGUACAUUUUACUAAAUGAUUGUCUUGUUUUUUGUGUAUAUGUGAGUAUAAAUGUAAUGUCCACAAUUAACUUGGGUUCACUUUUACCUAACCAAAAUGCUUAUUAUUCUUGUUUCGGUAUUCAGUAUCCUCUACCCAGUGGGUAAUGUUGAAUUUAAAUAAAACUUGAAU